AUGACUCAAGUUAGACUCGCAAUCGGCUACAACACUCCCGCAGCCUACGAAAAAUACGGCAAAGAUAUUUGGGACCUAGUAGAAACCAAAUUCAGUGAACUGGGAAUCGAGGAAUUCGGACCCUUUCGUUCAGCGCAGAGCUACCCUCCUGUUCAGUUUGUUGGUCUCGAGGUACCGUAUAAUGUCUCGUUAUAUGACUUGGGGAGUGUUAAGCUGGGGGAUGGUAUUUGGACUGAUUUUUCGGUUGUGGAUGAGUAUUCAGAGAAUUGA